GUGACAAUUUCAAGGGGUGGUUUGCCCCUUUCCCCAUUAUUUUUAGUUACCAAUGUCAACCCUUUGAUGCUGAGGAUCGUACUCAGAAAGUGGCAAAGAUGGUGAUGGUUCAAAGCGUACACCGCGGAGCACUGAAUAUAUACUGCUGCAAGUCACCCACUAUAUAAACUGGCGUUCGUCGCUCAAAAUCCUCCCGCUUUUCUCUUUGAAGCACAGUGCGCCUCGUCCUGCUCCAUUGCUCUCUACGGCGCCCGCUGAGGCGAGUUCAGCACAGGAGAUAGUUAAAGAGUACAAUGGCAGACAUGUCUUAUUACCCCACUGUUGUUCAGAAGGUAGCCAGCCAACUUCAACUGAGCUCAAGUCAUUUCCAAGAUGCCCAAGCUCGCUAUGGUGCAUUACCCAGGCCUACUUUGUACUCAAUGCAUGGAAACUACAACAAUGCAUGUAUGAAACAGUGCCAAACUGGCAUGGAUCUUUCAUCAAUUAGUGCAAAUGCUUUGCCAGUGUUUGUGCAAGCUCCUGCGGAGAAAGGAUUUGCUAGUUUUGCAAUUGACUUUCUCAUGGGUGGUGUUUCUGCUGCUGUCUCCAAGACUGCAGCUGCCCCUAUUGAACGUGUUAAGUUAUUGAUUCAAAACCAGGAUGAAAUGAUUAAGUCUGGUAGGCUCGCUGAACCUUACAAGGGUAUUGGUGACUGCUUCAGCCGAACCAUCAAGGAUGAAGGAUUUGUUGCACUGUGGAGAGGAAACACUGCCAAUGUUAUCCGUUACUUUCCAACACAGGCUUUGAACUUCGCAUUCAAGGAUUACUUCAAGAGGCUCUUUAACUUCAAGAAGGACCGUGAUGGCUACUGGAAGUGGUUUGCUGGAAAUCUUGCUUCAGGUGGUGCUGCUGGGGCUUCAUCAUUACUUUUUGUGUACUCAUUGGACUAUGCCCGUACCCGUUUGGCUAAUGAUGCCAAGGCUGCAAAGAAGGGAGGUGAGAGGCAGUUCAAUGGGUUGGUUGAUGUCUACAAGAAGACACUUGCCACUGAUGGUGUUGCUGGACUUUACCGUGGAUUCAAUAUAUCCUGCGUUGGAAUUAUUGUCUAUCGUGGUCUGUACUUUGGGCUAUAUGACUCCAUCAAGCCAGUUGUUUUGACAGGAAGCUUAGAGGAUAGUUUCUUUGCUAGCUUUGGUCUUGGUUGGCUCAUUACAAACGGCGCUGGGCUUGCGUCUUACCCAAUAGACACAGUUCGCAGAAGAAUGAUGAUGACAUCUGGAGAGGCAGUCAAGUAUAAGAGUUCUCUUGAUGCAUUCUCUCAGAUCCUAAAGAACGAGGGAGCCAAAUCCCUGUUCAAGGGUGCCGGUGCUAACAUUCUGCGUGCUGUUGCUGGUGCUGGUGUAUUGGCCGGGUAUGACAAGCUUCAGCUUAUUGUGUUCGGAAAGAAGUAUGGUUCCGGUGGGGCAUAAUAAGCUCCUACACAUUGUUCUUACAAUGUCCACUAGAUGGUGAUGAUAAAAAGUUUGCCGGCUUGCCAAGUUAGUGAAAUUCCAAGGCCAUAUCAACUUAAAGAUCAGGAGACGGUUUAAAAAGAAAGACUUUUUGUGACACCGCACCCGUGUGUACCUGAAUGUACUAUCUGAAAGUUUCAUAAUUGAUGUUUUGAACUUGUUAUUAUUAUUCGUGUGUAACACGUGUGUUAUCUUAUGUAACUCAUGCUUUGACAUUGUGUGAAACGAGUAGUGUUUGAUGUAACUUGUGUUUGUUAACCUGUCGUUGGGAUCCGUGUUUCGAGAGUGAGUUUCCAAAUACUGAUGUGGGCCAUCUUGGUUAGUAUAAGAGCCCGAUAUUAUAUGGAGAGAAAUCACAUUACGAA